GUCUCUGCCCACCGCAUGCGGCGCCCCUGGCAAGGGCAGGUGGAGAAGGCCCCCGAGGAGGAGCCCCCACGCCACGACCCAUCCAACCCUUUGUGUCCAGGGGCCACGCGAGCAGUCGGCCAGGUAAAUCCCCACUACGAGAGCACCUUUGUCUUUGACAAUGAUUUUCCCGCAUUGCAGCCAGAUGCUCCAGAGCCUGAGGCUGACGACCAUCCCUUGUUCCGUUCAGCAUCAGCUCGAGGCGUGUGCAAAGUCAUGUGCUUCCAUCCCUGGACUGACCUGACUCUGCCGCUGAUGUCGCUUGCUGAGAUCCGCAGGGUGAUUGACAAGUGGGCAGAGAUAGCAGUCGAGUUGGGUGCCUCUUACACCUGGGUGCAGAUCUUUGAGAACAAGGGAGCCAUGAUGGGCUGUUCGAAUUCCCACCCUCAUUGUCAGAUCUGGGCUAGUAACUUUCUGCCCAACGAAGCCUCACUGGAGGACCAGUCCCAACGGAAGUACUACCAAGACAAUAAUGUGCCCAUGCUCCUUGAAUAUGCCCGGCUGGAGGCCGAGCGGAAGGAACGGAUUGUGGUGGAAAACGCAGACUGGCUGGUGGUGGUGCCCUACUGGGCAGUGUGGCCCUUCCAGACCCUCUUGCUUCCUCGGCGACACAUCUGCCGACUUGAGGACCUCCAGGAGAGCGAGAGAGACAGCCUGGCAUCCGUGAUGAAGAGGCUUCUCAGCCGAUACGACAAUCUGUUCCAGGUUUCCUUCCCUUACUCAAUGGGCUGGCAUGGAGCUCCCACGGGGCCGUACCUAAAGGCCGACUGCAGACACUGGCAGCUCCACGCCCAUUACUAUCCUCCUCUCCUGCGUUCCGCCACCAUUCGUAAAUUCAUGGUGGGCUACGAGAUGCUGGCUCAGGCCCAGAGGGACUUGACGCCGGAGCAGGCCGCUGAACGCUUGAGGAACCUCCCUGAGCAUCACUACAAGCUGGACACCAAGGAGGCACCCUAGGGUAGAUGGUGGCUCUGUUCCCCCCUUUGGUGUGGGUCAGUCGGACGAUCCCUAGCUGCUGACAAAGAAAGCCUGGAGAAUGAUCCCAGCUGGA